UCAUGACUAAAUCUGAAAAUUAAGAGGUGUAAGAAAAAUCAAGUAGAAAGUACCAAAAAAUCAAUAAGGAAGAAAGAAAACUAGUUUUAAAGCUACUUUUGCAUGACAAGCUCUCAUUAUAAGAGGUAUCAAAUUAAUACCAAAUUUUUGCUUAUGUCUUAUCCAUAUAUAUAUGAUAUCUUAAUCAUUAAUCCUAUUAGGUAGCAAAUAGGUUGAAGCUAAAAUAUUGUACUGUACGAACAAUACAAAAAGCUUAUGAGAAAGAAGGUAGGAUAGGUAAGAAGGAAACUAGAAAGAAGAAGCUCAAGGUUGAGAAUAUCUUGAAGAUUUCAAUUAUGAAUCCUCUAACUUUCUAAUUGUCUUAGCCUAUUGUAUCAUCAGAAGUUAGUCAGGUAUUUAAAAAUAAAUUUAUGUAGAUAUAUAUUGACAAACAACCUUCAAAUCAAGAUUAAGCUAAUUUGAUCUAAGAAUAACGUUCCCUUCUUCAAUAACAUUGUUAAAAACUAUUUUCUAUAUUAACAAACUAAUAUUAGAAGGCUGCAGAAACAUCGAAUCCAUUUUAUUACACAACAAUUUAAAAUUUAUUUUUAGCAUCACAACUAAUAUUUAAGCAACUUCUGGAAGUUAAAUAGUAAAUCAAUGUAAAAUAAGAAUAUGAACCUGUGUCUCCAACAAUAACAUAAUACCCACUUCAAAUUCAACAACAUUUUUACUAAAGACCAUAUACUAUGAUGUUGCCACGAGUUAAUUCUUGA